ACACACACCCACCAUCCCCCCACCUCUCCUCUUCCUCUUUCUCUCUCUCUCACUCUCUCACACGCAAGCGUACACCCAAGUGGAUAGCUCCACAGAUUUAUUUGAAUUCAUCAGUGUUUUUUUUUUGUGUGGUGCAAUUUGGUUGCUUUUGACAAGUUAUCAUGGAGGACUACCAUAAACCUGAUCAGCAGACAGUCCAGGCUCUGAGGAACAUCGCCAAUCGCUUGCGGAUCAACUCAAUCAAAGCCACGACCGCAGCGGGCAGUGGGUACCCCACAUCAUGCUGCAGUCCAGCUGAGAUCAUGUCCGUCCUCUUCUUCCACACCAUGAAAUACCGACCUGAGGACCCCAAAAACCCCAAUAAUGACCGAUUCAUUCUGUCUAAAGGUCACGCUGCUCCAGCACUCUACUCCAUGUGGGCGGAGACUGGCUUCCUGAAGGAGAGUGAGCUCUUGAGCCUGUGUCAGGUGGAUUCCACCUUAGAGGCACAUCCCACCCCAAAGCAGCCAUUUGUGGAUGUGGCAACCGGUUCCCUCGGCCAGGGCCUUGGAGUGGCUUGUGGGAUGGCCUACACAGGGAAGUAUUUCGAUAAGUCCAGUUACCGAGUGUACUGCCUGCUGGGGGAUGGGGAGAUGUCUGAGGGGGCGGUGUGGGAGGCCAUGGCCUUUGCCUCCUAUUACCAGCUGGACAACCUGGUGGCCAUACUGGACAUCAACCGCCUGGGCCAGAGUGAGCCGGCUCCCCUUCAGCACCACGUGGAGAAGUACCAGAAACGCUGUGAAGCAUUUGGGUGGCACUCCAUCAUUGUGGACGGCCACAGCGUAGAGGAGCUGUGCAAAGCUCUGUCUCAGCCAAGACACCAGCCCACUGCCAUCAUUGCCAAGACCAUCAAGGGCAAAGGAAUUCCCGUGGCAGAGGACAAGAUGGGAUGGCAUGCCAAGCCGCUGCCCAAAGACAUGGCAGAGACUGUGACGCGUGACCUACAGAGUCGCAUCCUGAACAGCAACAAGCGCCUGUACCCAGCCACGCCCACAGAGGAUGCCCCUCCAGUCAGCCUGCGCAACAUUCGCAUGCCCAGCGGCCCCAGCUACAAGCCCGGGGAGAAGAUGUCCACGCGGAAGGCCUAUGGGAUGGCCCUGGCCAAACUGGGCCGCUACAACGAGCGCGUGGUGGCCUUGGACGGAGACACCAAGAACUUCACCUGCUCAGAGAUCUUCAAGAAUGAACACCCCAACCGCUAUGUGGAGUGCUACAUCGCCCAGCAAAACAUGGUGAGUGUUGCCAUGGGCUGUGCGACACGCGAGAGGAACGUUGUGUUUGCCAGCACCCUGGCCUCCUUCUUCACACGCGCCUACGACCAGCUACGCAUGGCCGCCAUCUCCGAAAGCAACAUCAACCUGUGUGGCUCUCACUGUGGACUCUCUAUUGGUGAGGACGGGCCUUCCCAGAUGGGUCUGGAGGACGUGGCCAUGUUCAGGUCCCUCCCCAAUGCCACUGUCUUCUACCCCAGUGAUGGUGUAUCCACUGAGAAGGCAGUGGAGCUGGCAGCAAACACAAAGGGAGUGUGUUAUGUGAGAACCAGCGGACCAGAGAAUUCCAUUAUCUACAACAGUAAUGAGGACUUCCAUGUUGGACAAGCCAAAAUUGUGUGUCAGAGCAAAGAUGAUCAGGUGACUGUGAUCGGAGCAGGUGUAACCGUCCAUGAGGCCCUUGCUGCUGCAGAGCAGCUUAAGAAAGAGAGGAUCUUUAUUCGUGUUAUCGAUCCCUUCACCAUCAAACCACUGGAUGCUAAGACCAUAAUCGACCAAGCAAGGUCCACCAGGGGGCGUCUCAUCACUGUGGAGGACCACUACUAUGAGGGUGGCCUGGGGGAGGCAGUGUGCUCUGCUGUGGUGAAUGAGCAGGGCUUCUCUCUGCACCGCAUGGCCGUGUCCCACGUGCCCCGAAGUGGUAAGCCGGCCGAGCUGCUCAAGGCCUACGGUAUUGACCGUGAUGCUAUCACCCAGGCCGUGCGCAAGAUGCUCAGCUCCUCAGCCAACGCCAAGUAACCCGUCAACGCCCAACCUGCCCUGCCCACUCCACUAAACCCAACCCUCAUUAUAAAACAGGGACAGUGUGUCACGACUCCCACACACAAAAAAAAGAAGUUUUGUUUUCCCACAUCCCCUCACUGUGAAAGCCCCAAUGUGAGUACUGUUGUAAUGUGAGUGAUGUCAUGUACAUUUUUUUGAAGUAUCCUCCAGACUGUCCUGGAUUGUCCUUUCCAUCCGAUCACACACAUAGACACACACGAAAAUACUUAUGUCCAGGAAAAGACCAACAAUAUUAACAGACUCUGGCAGUAUUCCCAUGCACUGAAACACACACACACUGUCCCUCAUUGUCUCAAGGUAUGUCACUUCAUUUAGUUCAUACAUGAGAUUGCAAAGGGUCCUCUGCCUGAAUCCACGAGUUUGCAGGGCUGAUAGUCGCUUGUUCUCAGUAACCAUGUCAGUUUUUGUGUACCAUGUGAUGUGUUUUUGCAUUAACCAGGACAGGUCUCGUCUAAUUCAACAAAAUAUACAGUUUGCAGCAUUAUAUUUUACUAUUUUUUAUAUUGUUCUGAUGUAGUUUGGAUGUAUGGGGUAGGGCGCAUAUCUAGGGACAGGGGUGGCAUAGGUGACAAAUGACAAGUGUCGUAGUCAGAAUAUCAUUACAAGUGUGAAGUGAGUAGAUAUUAGUAUAAAAAUACAAAUGUAUGUGUGGCAUAAUUAUCCAUCAAACCCCACUGAUCGGCUGAUUCAAAGCAGGGGUUUGGGGAUGUGGAGGAGAGGGAGGACACACUGAGACAGGUGAUUUAGCCAGGGACCAGACUAGUGCCAGCAGCUUGUCGUCAUGUACCAUCAGAACUGUGAACACCUCCUUUGUUACUUUUCUAUCUAUGUAUGUACCUUUUUUUGCCAUUGAUUAAAGCCCUCUGCAUUUGAA